CAGCCAGCCAGGGCAGUAAGCAGGCGCCGGCUCUGCCCUGUCCAUGGAUUUUGUGGCUGGAGCCAUCGGAGGAAUCUGCGGCGUGGCUGUGGGCUACCCCCUGGACACGGUAAAGGUCAGGAUCCAGACGGAGCCCAAGUACACAGGCCUCUGGCACUGCAUCCGGGACACGUACCGCCACGAGCGGGUGUGGGGCUUCUACCGCGGCCUCUCGCUGCCCGUGUGCACCACAUCGCUGGUGUCCUCCGUGUCCUUCGGCACCUAUCGCCACUGCCUGGCACAGAUCUGCCGCUUCCGGUAUGGCAGCGCUGACGCCAAGCCCGCCAAGGUGGACAUCACGCUGUCAGGAUGUGCCUCGGGCCUUGUCCGGGUGUUCCUGACUUCGCCCACAGAGGUGGCCAAGGUGCGCCUGCAGACGCAGACGCACGCGCAGACCGGGACGCAGGCGCAGACGCCGAGCCGCACGCAGCGCCGCCCCUCCGCCUCGUGGCCUGCCGCCGCGCCGCCUCUGUGUCCUGCGCCCACGCGUCCCGAUCCUGGGCCUAAGUACCGCGGGCCGCUGCACUGCCUGGCCACGGUGGCCCGAGAGGAGGGGCUUCGGGGCCUCUAUAAGGGCAGCUCCGCCCUGCUCCUGCGGGACGGCCACUCCUUCGCCACCUACUUCCUCUCCUAUGCCAUCCUCUGCGAGUGGCUCACUCCCGCCGGCCACAGCCAGCCAGACGUGGCGGGCGUGCUGGUGGCUGGCGGCUGUGCGGGGGUCCUGGCCUGGGCGGUGGCCACCCCCAUGGAUGUGAUCAAGUCGCGGCUGCAGGCGGACGGGCAGGGCCCGCAGCGCUACCGGGGCCUCCUGCACUGCCUGCUGAGCAGCGUGCGCCACGAGGGCCCCCGGGUGAUGUUCAAGGGGCUGGCGCUGAACUGCUGCCGCGCCUUCCCGGUCAACAUGGUGGUCUUCGUGGCCUACGAGGCCGUGCUGCGGCUCAUGCGACCCUAGGGCGACCCUCGGCGGCCUCUGCGGGUCGCUGCAGGCACCGAGGAGACCAGGGGGUGCGGACCCCAGAGAGCCUGGCCCAGGACAGCUGGGUGCCUGGGAGUGGGCAGGCCAACUGGCUCCGACCUCCGUCCACAGGAGGACAAGGGUCAGCAGGAUCGGAGUGGCUCGCGGAUGAGGUGUUUUUGCCGGCUCCCCACAGACCCUACCCCUCCACCCAUGCUCAGCCUCUGUACCCUCCAAGGCUGUGCCAGUCUGGGGACACCGUUGCAUUUCAGCCCCAGGCCAGCUUGUCCUGUCUGCCUGCAGGGUCAGCAGAGCCCCUGGUCGGGGGUGACACCUUCCCACACAUGCAGGGUCUCCCUGGACGGGUCAAUAAAGAGUCUCCCGGGA